AUGGACUGCACAUUCAGUUCACUCCCCUGUUUAGCUACCCUACUCACAUUAGCCAUUUUUGUCAAGCUCUUUAUCAAAAAGUCCUCAAAAUCCCAUCCACCUGGCCCGCCGGGCUGGCCGUUAUUGGGCAACAUCUUUGAUCUUGGCGAGGUUCCACACCAGACAUUCCACAAGCUACAGGCCCGUUACGGCCCGAUCAUUCACCUCAGGCUCGGCUCCGUCAACACCGUCGUGGUACAAUCAUCCGAAGCAGCCGCCGAGCUCUUCAAGAAACGCGAUCUCCAAUUUGCUGACCGGAAAGCUCCCGACUCGCUAACGGCCUUAGGGUACAACCGUGGAUCCGUCGCCAUCGGGGCCUACGGUGACUACUGGCGAAAAGUGAGCCGUAUUUGCACAGUGCAAUUUCUCGUCCAGAAGAAGGUAAACAAGUCGGCUACCAUUAGGCAAAAAGGCGUGGAUGAAAUGAUCGAGUGGAUCAAGCGUGACGUAGCGAAAUGUAAGGAGAAUGGAUCGUCGGGAGAGGUUCGACUGGAUCGGUUCCUUUUCGUGUCGGCUUUUAAUACGGUCGGGAAUAUUGUGCUGUCGGGGGACGUUAUGGGGAAGAAGCUCGACGGGGAGAGUGAUUUUUUCGACAACUUCUUGAUGUUUUUGGAGUGGUUAGGAAAGCCUAACGUGGCCGAUUUUUUCCCCUUUUUGAAAUGGAUCGAUCCGCAAGGGAUUAGGAGGAACACGGCCAAGUAUUUGGGAAGGUUGAUAGUGUUUGCUUCCGGGAUUGUGGAGGAUAGGAUUCGGGAGAGGGAAUCGGGAAUCGGAAAGAAAAGGGAAGAUUUGUUAGACGCAUUGCUUGAUGAAGGUGAAGUCGACGAGGAUGGGCUCGAUAAGCUUUCAGCUAAGAACAUUGCAAUUGCAAUCAUGGAAAUGUUUUUCGCAGGAACAGAAACGACGAGCACCACCAUCGAGUGGGGAAUGGCGGAGUUACUCCGCCACCCGAACACGAUGAAAAAAGAUCCAAGACGAGAUUGGCCGGGUCAUGGGGCGUACCCGCAGAGUCCAAGAGGAUGACUUGACCCGAAUGCCCUAUUUGCAGGCAACAGUAAAGGAAAUAUUACGGUUACACCCUGCUCUACAAAUGCUGAUUCCGCGGAACUCGAUGGAGGAC